AUGCGCACAACAGUCGGGGUGGGGGGGUGUACGUACCAAGGCCAGCAUGGCGGCGCCGCCGCCUUGUACCGAUGCCCUGUGCUGCUCUCGUCCGGGUGUGGCGUUCGGCGUGCAGCAGACGCUGGAGGAGAUGGACUUCGACAGGGGAAUCUGGUCAGCAGCCCUAAAUGGAGACCUGGGUCGAGUGAAAUAUUUAAUCCAGAAGGCUACAGACCCUAGCCAGCCUGACUCGGCUGGCUACACGGCGCUGCACUACGCCAGCCGCAAUGGGCACUAUGCCGUGUGCCAGUUCCUGCUGGAAAGUGGGGCUAAGUGUGAUGCCCAAACCCACGGGGGUGCCACUGCCCUGCACCGGGCCAGCUACUGUGGGCACACUGACAUUGCUCGGCUCCUGCUGUCUCAUGGGUCCGACCCCAGGUUGGUAGAUGGCGAUGGCAUGACCAGUCUGCAUAAGGCUGCUGAGAAGGGCCAUAUGGACAUUUGCUCCCUCCUGUUGCAACACAGCCCAGCCCUGAAGGCCGUCCGGGAUCGGAAGGCACGACUGGCAUGUGACCUGCUGCCCUGUGACAGUGACCUAUGGGACCUCCUGGCCAGCUGAACUGCCACCCUUCUGUUGUCUGAGGCUGCCGUGCAAGGGUACACAGACUCGUCCUCCCAGCCCCUGCCUUGGUCAGCAUCCAUGCUGCAAGGUGGGAAACUGAGGCCUGAAGAGUGUCUGGCCACUGUGGAAGUGAGGGAGUAGAUUUGGUGGGGCUGCAAGUGCUUAAGCCCGGACAGAUGAUCAUAUUCUAAAUUAGUUCGUGUGGAAACAUCUAUCCCUUUGAAAAAAAUAAAGUUGUAUCCUUACCUCAUCCCAUGCACAAAAAUAAAUUUUAAGUAAAGAUCUAAGUAUAAAAACAGAACUAUGUAAGUAUUAGAAACCACAGAAUAUAUAACAAAUCAAAAGCCGCUUUCUAGCUGAGUGCCCUUUGGAAAAGUCACUUCGCCCAUCUGUCACUGCUUCCUCCCUCAUCUAUAAGGGAGGAUUAUAAUAGGGCCUCACGGGCCUUGCCGGAGUUCAGUGAGUGCCUCUAUGGAGAGCACCCGAGAGUGUGCUGGGCACGCUGCAAGCAGCGUGUUAGCGUGCCCGCUCCCCAGCUUGCACUCACAAGCUGAUAGAUUAAAAGUGUUCUUGCUUUAUUUUGCAUUGCUGAUCAUCAGUGAAGUUGACCACCUGUUUUCUCUGAACUUCCUCUCCAUGGCUAUCACCUAUUUAAAGAUUUUCGUCCUUUUAUUGAUUCAUAGGAAUAUUCUGGAUAUUAAUCCUGUGGGUGUUUUUUCUUUCUUAGCAUCACUUUGUUGGUAUCUGCUCAUGGAAAUUGGUACACCCACUGUAGACAGCAGUUUGACAAUAUCUAUUAAAAUUUAAGUGAAUAGAACCAA